AUGACUCCCACCGAAUUUCGCCAACAAUGCAGACAAGGCUUGCAUACGAGCCAGACGUCGGGGUUUUGUCCUGGUUUUGCUCAAGCAAAUCUAGUGAUUUUGCCCACUAAAGUGGCUGCAGAUUUCCACCAGCUUUGUCUUCGCAACCCCAUCCCAUGUCCACUUCUAGCACACACUGAAAUAGGAAAUCAACACAGUACAAACGAUAAACGCAUCAUCAGCGACAAAUAUUUCGACAUAACACGUGACUUUCCCAGAUACACGGUCUACGAAAACGGCAGCCUUGUCAGGUGUCCCACGGACGUAUCGGACAUAUGGGAUCCGACCCGCCAUGUGGGUUUUCUCAUUGGUUGUUCGUUUUCUUUCGAAAAAGCCUUGGAUGAAGCAGGUCUACCGCCCCGGAACUACUCUCAGAAAAGGAACGUUUCCAUGUAUAAAACUACCAGGCGGCUUCAAGACUCUGGCGUGUUUGUAGAUGUUCCUUAUGUUGUGAGCAUGAGACCAUACAAAUUAAAGGAUAUCUCUCGAGUGAAAGAAAUCACGGGCCGAUUUAAGAAAACUCACGGGGCGCCUAUUGACUUUGGAUACGAUGCCAUGGAGCGCCUAGGAAUUCGAGACUUGAGUAACCCGGACUUUGGCGACUCGACGCAGAUCGAAGAUGACGAGGUGCCGGUGUUUUGGGGGUGUGGUGUCACAGCUCAGAUUGCAGCGCUUUCAGUGCAUGAUAGAAUUGAUGGCCCGAUAAUUGGACAUGCUCCGGGCCAUAUGUUAGUCACAGAUUUGAGAGACGAAGAUGUUAUGGAGCUAUGA